GGUGGGUGCGGUACUCCGAGGGGGGCGUCGGAGGCAGCGGGAAGCGCGGCGGGGCCGCCGGGUCCUCGCUAGGACCGCAGCGGCAGCUGUUGGGCCCCCCGCCCCGGCCGGCGGCCCGCGGAGCGCAGGAAGGGGGCCGGGGGGACCCGCCCCCGGCUGGCUGCAGUCAUGAACUCCAACGUGGAGAACCUGCCCCCCCAUAUCAUCCGCCUGGUGUACAAGGAGGUGAGCACGCUGACCGCCGACCCGCCCGAUGGCAUCAAGGUCUUUCCCAACGAGGAGGACCUCACUGACCUGCAGGUCACCAUCGAAGGUCCUGAGGGCACCCCCUACGCUGGAGGCCUGUUCCGUAUGAAGCUCCUGCUGGGAAAGGACUUCCCCGCCUCCCCCCCCAAGGGCUACUUCCUGACCAAGAUCUUCCACCCCAACAUGGGCGCCAAUGGCGAGAUCUGCGUCAACGUCCUCAAGAGGGACUGGACUGCGGAGCUGGGCAUCCGUCACGUGCUGCUGACCAUCAAGUGCCUGCUGAUCCACCCCAACCCCGAGUCCGCGCUCAACGAGGAGGCAGGCCGCCUGCUGCUGGAGAACUAUGAGGAGUAUGCCGCGCGUGCCCGCCUGCUCACUGAGAUCCACGGCGGUGCCGGUGCCAGCGGGCCUAGUGGGCGGGCCGAGGCUGCCCGGGCCCUGCCCAGCAGCACCACCGCCACCUCCUCUGCUGACCCCUUGGCCCCUGGGGGCCCAGGUGGGGCAGAGGGUCCCAUGGCCAAGAAGCACGCAGGUGAGCGCGACAAGAAGCUGGCAGCCAAGAAAAAGACGGACAAGAAGCGGGCCCUGCGGCGGCUGUAGCGGGUUUUCCUCUUCACCCCUCCUUCCUCACACCCCAGCUCUCCUGUCCCUCAGCUCUGUCUCUAAGUUAUUUAAAUUAUGGUUGGGGGGAUGGGGGGACACUGGGGCCUGGACUUGGUUUUCUAAAUAAAAGUUGGAAAAGCAG